GAUGAACUGAACACGCAGGGAGCUGGGGAGACAUUAGCAGCGCGGCGAGCAGCGACACAGGACCAGGACGAAACGCUCCACGAGAAAAAUACAGAACAUAGCCUACUGCGCGAGGAGAAAGACAGAGAUAUAUAAUCUACGUCAACACGACACACAUAUCAGUACUUUAAAGUCAAAACUGAGAAGAAAGACGAUUCACCGCGAAUAUAUAUGAAAAGGCUUGAUUGUGGCAAGGGGUGAGGACUACUAAACGGUGAACUACUCAACGGUGAACGGUUCGAGCCAGGCGGUGGAAGCCGAAUCAUUUCAGAACCUUGGACAGAGCGCGAGACAUCAUGGCUCCUGCGGUCGCGGAACAGGCGCAGUUUGUUGAGUUCCCGGUGAUGGUGGGCGUGGUCAGCGUCUUCGGCCUGGUCUUCAGCGUCUCGCUCUUCUCCUGGAUCUGCUGCCAGCGCAAAACCGCCAAGGCCACCAAGACACCGCCUUACAAAUUUGUGCACAUGCUCAAGGGCGUGGACAUCUACCCCGAGAGCCUGACCGGAAAGAAGAAAUUUGGGGCCAACGAGAAGGCGGACACCAACGGCAACGGCAAGGCCACGCCCAGCCCCACGGGGACCCGGCCCCCCCUCCACCUGGACCUGAACGGGAACUUCUCCAAACCCGCCCACCUGAAGGUCCGCAGUUCCCCCGACCUGGACCUCCCCUCCCCCCACCCCGGGUUCGGACAGGGGGGCAAGGAGGCGAGCACCCCCGAGAGUGGGCUCUCCAGCCAGGCCCCCACGCCAGCCGAAAAGCCCCAGGACAAGGAGGGGGGGCUGGGCACCCUCUUCUUCUCCUUAGAGUACAACUUUGAGAAGAAGGCCUUCGUGGUGCACAUCAAGGAGGCCCAGGGGCUGUCCGCCACCGACGAGCAGUCACUGACCUCUGACCCCUACAUCAAGCUGACCAUCCUGCCAGAGAAGAAGCACAAGGUGAAGACCCGCGUGCUGAGGAAGACCCUGGACCCGGCCUUCGAGGAGACCUUCAGCUUCUACGGCAUCCCGUUCAGCCGCGUGCCGGAGCUGGCCCUGCACUUCAUGGUCCUCAGCUUCGACCGCUUCUCCCGCGAUGAGGUCAUCGGGGAGACGCUGGUCCCGCUGGCUGGGAUCGACCUGUCCGAGGGCCGCAUCCUCAUGAACCGCGACAUCAUCAAACGCAACCAGAGGAGGAGUGCAGGCAGGGGUGAGAUCCUCCUCUCUCUGUGCUACCAGUCCACCACCAGCACUCUGACUGUGGUGGUGCUGAAGGCCCGUCACCUGCCCAAAACCGAGUCCAGUGGACCCUCAGACCCCUAUGUGAAGGUGAACCUCUAUCAGGGCAAGAAGAGGGUGUGCAAGAAGAAGACCCAUGUGAAGAAGUGCUCUCCCAACCCCGUGUUCAACGAGCUGUUUGUGUUCGACGUGCCAUGGGAGGAAGGCCUGCGGGACACCAGCGUGGAGCUCCUGCUGCUGGACUCGGAGCGGGGCACCCCCCCCAACCUCGCCAACCCCCCCAACCCCGUCAUUGGGCGCCUCCUGCUGGCCGCGGCAGCACCCGGCACCCCCGGCGAGCACUGGCGCGAGAUCUGCGACCACCCCCGGAGACAGAUCGCCAAAUGGCACGCGCUGACCGAGGACUAGCCCCGCCCCCUUUCCCCUCGCCAACCGCGGCCUGGGAACUGUCACAACGAAUCGGGGUGAAGGGUUGGAGGGUGGGGGUGGGGGGAGUUAGGUGGUUAGGUGAACGGGGGGUGGGGUGGGGGGCCAGGGGGAGUGGUUUAUUUCAAGUGAUGUCAUCAGGCUAUAAAUCAAUCAAGUUUUUGGGAAUCAGGCCCCUGCGGGAGAGAGUUCAGAGGUCAGAGAGCCCCCAAACCUCCAGGAGUCCAAAGACAGUGGCUGAACUCUGCAUAACAGUCCUCUCCCCCCUGCAGCCCCGUCCUGUUGAGCAGACUGUCAUAGCCGUCCCUGUCGCUAGUCUCCCCUCUCCUACUGCUGCUUCCCUCUCUUCUUCUGACGUUGUUAUUAUUAUAAUUAUGGUUAUCACUGCUGCUCAACUGUAAAAAUUGCUCGACAGUAAAAAAAAAAAAAAAAAAAAACAAACAAA